ACCUUAAUGCAGAUACAUCUUCCUUGUAGGGACGUGAAACUAUAUGUAGAUCUUUCUUCUCUCUCUUUCUUCUCCUUUCUUCUAGAGAGAGAGAGAUUGACUUGAGGCUCAAAAUCAAUUAUUUAUUAAAUUCUACAAGUUGCUCCACUCCCACCAUCUUAAUAUCAGAAACACUUUCUAUAUAUCUCUCUUUUGUGUGAUUAGUUUAUGGCAAUUGCACCCUCCAACAUGAGCCAAAACCACAACAACCAAGAGAACAAGGAUCACGAUGAUGAUAAUGAUGAGCACGAGCAUGACAUGGUGAUGCCCGGCUUUCGGUUUCAUCCUACCGAGGAAGAACUUGUGGAGUUUUACCUUCGCCGUAAGGUGGAGGGCAAGCGCUUCAAUGUCGAACUCAUCACUUUUCUUGAUCUUUAUCGCUAUGACCCUUGGGAACUUCCUGCUUUGGCUGCGAUUGGAGAGAAAGAGUGGUUUUUCUAUGUGCCUAGGGACAGGAAGUACAGAAACGGAGAUCGGCCGAAUCGGGUGACGACUUCUGGAUAUUGGAAAGCUACCGGAGCAGAUAGGAUGAUUCGAACGGAGAAUUUGAGGUCAAUUGGGUUGAAGAAGACCCUUGUCUUCUACUCAGGCAAAGCUCCUAAAGGUAUCCGAACUAGCUGGAUCAUGAAUGAAUAUCGCUUGCCACACCAUGAAACCGAGAGGCUCCAAAAGGCUGAAAUCUCUCUUUGUAAAGUGUACAAGAGACCUGGAGUCGAAGAUCAUCCAUCUCUCCCUCGUUCUCUCCCAACUCGAGCUUCAUCAUCAUCAAGAACGCAUGACAACAAGCAAUAUCAAGAUGCAGCACAGCAUCAGGCAAUGGAAAAGUUCCAUGUUUUUGGGGAUCAAACACUUCCACAAACUUCUGAAAAAAUCAGUGAAACCAUUAGUGGGAAUAGUACAACCGAAGACGUUGGAACAGCUCUAGGCCUCUCGAACCAAAACCCUUACAUACAAUUACCCCCAAUUACCCCCAUGCUUCCACCACCAUUAGAUUGCAACACCAUCUAUAACCCAAACCCUAAUUUAGUGAUGACGAGUCCGAAUACCAUUGAUGAUCUCCAUAGACUAAUUAGCUACCAACAAGCUUCAGUGAACCAGCCACACCAGUUGUUUCCCAAUCAUAAUAACCCUAAUCAUCAUCUUAAUUCCUUGCAGCUUCCUGCUAAUAAUAAUUUAUUGCCCCCAGUCCAACAAUCACAGCCACUCACUCUUACAGUGUUACCUGCUGGCCCAAUUCCGAGCGCGUAUUCUGACAGACUGUGGGAGUGGAACUCCAUUUCUGAAGCCAAUGCAAGCAAAGACUACGGUGCCCCUUUCAAGUAAUUAAUUAACUUGAUUAUGCUUGAUUGUGAUUUGUGCGCAUAUAACUACUCCAUAGCUGGAUGCAAUUUCUAUUUUCUAGUACUACAUAUAUCAUUUGCUAAGACUCUAUAAUUAUCUGGUUAAGUAAGACUUAUGUAGCCUAAUAAGAUUGUCUGAGUUUGAAUUGGCAUUGAUAUAUAAUAUUGCUCAACUCUUUAGGGUUUUGAGUA